AUGAAUAUUUACAUCAAACCUAGCGCAAUGGUUAACCUCUCCCUUUUUAAUCUUGCAACUUCGAGCCCCAAGCAUGAUGAUAAUACGGAAACCAGUACCGCAUCUUCAAAUAAGUCCUCAAAUUUAUCCUUCAAAAUAAAUAACGGAAAGGAUUCACAAGAUCCUAGUCCUGAACUUGGACCCACCUCUCGUUCGCUGUCACGAAACCGCAAUAGAUCAAUAUCGAUAUCGCGUCUUUUAUUUAACAAGGAGACUGAGUCAAAUAAUAGUCAAAAGACAGAAGCAGCAUUCGAUUCACAAACUUCAAACUCACCACAACACGUCCCACCACUCUCCAGCAACACAGAUGAAACACUAAACAACGAUUACAAACACAAUAGUAUUAUCAGUAAUAAUAGCAGUCAAAAUCAGAAACAAAAUCAAAAUCAAAGCCAUAACAAUGGCAAUGUUAAUAAUAGUACGAGCAUGAGCAAGCUUCGAAGCAUAUUUCGAAUACCAUCUGCAUCGUUCAACUCACAAGACGACAAGUCCACCAUGGGUAGGAUCAGAUCGUUGUCAUCUCCAUUUGGACAAUCUUCCGGAAAUGGUAAUGAAUUGAGUAAGCCAAAUAAAGCAAAUGUGUUACAAGUUCCACAGGUUACAGUAGAUGCUCCGUCAUCAAACACACCCCCAACAGUUUCCUCGGCUUCUAUGGGCACCAAAGGACCCACAAUUCCUACAGAGUCACAUGACUUGGGUGAUGAGGCCAGUCCCGUUGUGCAGGCCAACCCGUAUUUCCAUCAUCAAGGUUUACCUCCUCAUUUGGGAGUAGACCAGCCUCCACAACCACACUUUUUAGGCUCCAACAAGUCUGAAAUCACCGUGGCUUUAAGACACAAUGAUUCAGUGUAUUCAUUGAAUGAGAAUGGAAUUGCAAAGCCUCCGCAAGUUCAUCACAAUCAAAUAUCAUCAGGAGAUGAGGAACAAGAUGGAGAAGAAGAAGAAAAAGAUGGAGAAGAAGAAAAAAACAGAAAUAUACCAGUUGACAAGCAAAGGCAAAACCAAAUGCAAAUACAAAAACUGGGCAAAGGGCUAGGGUUAGAGAUGCAGCUUGAAUUGGAUACAAAGCAGGAACAGAAGAAGAAGAAUAAGCAUAAUGACGAGGGCGAAGAUUUGGCUUCACCGAGAAUCGCGCAUACAUCGCAUACAUCGCAUACAUCUCAUACAUCUCAUACAUCUCAUACAUCUCAUACAUCUCAUACAUCUCAUACAUCUCACAGGCCAGAAACGCCAGAAACAUUAGGAACGCCGCACAAUGAACACACUCCCUCGAAGCUCAAGAGUGAUAUACUGUUAAAGCCAAUUGAAGUUGACAGUGGUCUUGCACCACCGGUGUCACCAUUUCAGAGAGCAUUAAGACGAGUUGCAUCUGCACCAUUGAUCCACAAGAUGGCAAAUGAUAGGCUUGACUCUACGGAUCAGAACCAAGGGAAUGAUCCCAAUGAAGAAGUGUUUGAUAUAAAUAAGCAUAUUGGUGAAGUCAAGGUUUCUGGCAGGCCCAGGACGUAUACUCAGGAUCGAACAUAUUCCCAUUCAGCAACCAAAGCUGUUGAUGUUCAAGUUGGACCAGAUAGUUUUGAAAAAAUUAAAUUAUUGGGCAAGGGAGAUGUUGGGAAAGUAUAUUUAGUGCGGGAAAUGCAGUCUAACAAACUAUAUGCUAUGAAAAUUCUCAGCAAGAAGGAGAUGAUUGAGAGAAACAAGAUCAAGCGGGCUUUGGCUGAGCAGGAGAUUUUAGCAACUUCGAAUCAUCCAUUUAUUGUCACUUUGUACCAUUCGUUCCAAUCCAAGGAACAUUUGUACCUCUGCAUGGAGUACUGUAUGGGUGGGGAGUUUUUCCGUGCUCUUCAGACUAGAGAAACAAAAACGAUAUCGGAGAAUGAUGCCAGGUUUUAUGCUGCAGAAGUGACUGCCGCUUUGGAAUAUUUGCACCUUAUGGGGUUCAUAUACAGAGAUUUAAAGCCCGAAAACAUACUUUUGCAUCAAUCUGGACACAUUAUGUUGAGUGAUUUUGACUUGUCAAAGCAAAGUGAGAGGGCCAAAAACCCGGAGAUAACUUUUGCGAAAAGUGGAAUGCAUUUAACUUCCUCUGGGUCGAACUCACCGCAUCAUGGACCAACCAUAGAUACUAAGGCGUGUAUUGAUGGGUUCCGUACAAACUCAUUUGUGGGAACCGAAGAGUAUAUUGCGCCUGAAGUUAUAAGAGGUAAAGGGCACACGAGUGCUGUAGAUUGGUGGACGUUGGGUAUUUUUCUUUAUGAGAUGUUGUUUGGAACAACCCCUUUCAAAGGUACUGAUCGGAAAAAGACAUUUGCCAAUGUUUUGAAGCGAGAUGUCAAGUUUCCUGAUACUCAAUCUAUCUCAUCCAGCUGUAAAAGCUUGAUUAAAAAAUUGCUCAUUAAGGAAGAAGAAAAAAGGUUGGGUUCAAAGACUGGUGCGUCUGAGAUCAAGUGUCAUUCCUUUUUCAAAAACACUCAAUGGGCAUUGUUGCGUCAUCAAAAACCACCAAUGAUUCCAGUUUUGACCAAGUCGUCAUCAAAAAAGCGUGAAUCUCUGCCCAAGAAACCCCCAACAGAGGAAACACCUGCACUGAAUGAAAAAAAGGAACCUGGGACUGAGACUUUUACCGAUCCAAAUGAUCCAUUUGCAAAAUUCAGUUCAGUUACACUUCGGUAUGGCGAAGAGUUUGAAGAAGAUUUUAAUCUAAAUUCAAUUUACAACCCAGAACUGACAGCAUACACCAGUGUUGCAUAUACUAUGACAUCUGAUCAAAGCCCUUCAAAGCUGAAAGGAUUUUUGAAAAGGUAG